AUGGAGGAUUCCUCAGUGAGUUCUUCACUGGGUUUAGGUUCUGUAGAUGGUGGAUGCGUGGGGGCAUCUCCGGAAUGCCGUAUAACCGCAAAGCAGUGGAAUGCGGUGGCGGUGUGGUCCUGGAAUGCUCAAAUGGAUGCAUGUCCCAUUUGUAAGGGUCCUGUUGCAGAUAUGUGUAUUGAAUGCCGAGGCAACGCAGGCAGUGCAAGGCGUCAAAAUGCGGUUAGCCAGAACUACAACAACGAUGAGGAUGAAAACCGUAAUAACAAACGAAGUGAAUUUGGUACCAGUAAAGUUCAGCAACCGCCGUCGUCGUCUUCAUGCAGUGAUAACGCAGCGGAUGAGUGCCUUGUCGUGUGGGGCGCAUGCGGGCACGUGUUUCAUCAUCACUGCAUUUCAAGGUGGGCGCAGCAACGGCCGCUGUGUCCCAUUUGUGGUUGUAAGUGGGCGGUGUCCAAAACCGCAAAGAAUGAUUACUAA